AGAUGAGAAGAAGAUCCUGGUGCCUUUCUCUCCUAUUCCCUUCCUUAGGUCCCCUGCUAUUCCUGUGUCACUUUGUCCUCCCCCAGGAGGAGAGUGGGAGGACAGAAGAUCCAGGGGAAAAGAACUGAGUAAGUCUCAGGCCAGCUGAGAAGUCCCCCUCAGUCCUUCUGGCCUGGUUGGAGAUGUAGCCAGGAUCAAGGGUAAAUUUCCCAGAACUCCUAGUUCGGAGGGGUUUCUUUCCCUAGAGCCCCCCAAAACCCAGCCCUACUUUCCUGGCUGGGUAAAUUGGGUAGAAGGGGGAAUCUCAGGGCUUUGGGGGAGCUGGGGGUCUUAGGGCCUCAGAUUCUAAGCAUGAGAAUCUCCCCAGUUCUCCUACCCUUCUUAAAGCCAAUUCCCCAAAAGUCCAGUUGGUCCUUGCUGGACCCUGAUUGCCCAGUAGGUCAGUUUAUGGAGUUGUCAACAAGAAGGUGAUCAGCCUAUGGAGCCUCCCCCUGCUGGGAGGUAGAUGAGCAGAGAGAAAUGCCUGGGCGGCGAAAGGGUCAAGUUGCCAAAACCAGGAGCGUCCAAGGGCAACUUCAAGCACAGAGCAGUUCAGGACAGGUCAUACCAGUUUGGUUAGGGGAGUGGGGCUGGGGGUGACUCCCUACAGCUCCUCCCUCCUCUUUUGGGCACAGGUCGAUCCUGGCGCAGGCCAGCUCAGCAGAAACUAAACCACUUGGCCAGUCAGGGUGGGUACCACCCUCUUGUGGCCAGGCUGGGCUCCCUCCCCCACUCCCAGGGUUUGGAUUCUAAUGCUACCCACGGUCCCUUACAAAGGCAGAAAGCUGGUGAGGGAGCUGCAGGGUUCUGACUACCAGGGAACCCAGUCCUAAGUUGGUAGCCAUCCUCUGGCAGAUUACCCUUCCUCACCAGCUGUCUGUUCUGAACUGAACUGGGCCAAGGAACCCAAGACCUCCUCUGGAUGAUUCCUCUCCUGCUUGCCUCUUCCCCUCCAGGUCUUGGGAUAUGUUGGGAGUCCCCAGCUGCCAGAGAGGAGAGGGGCAGGAAGAGCAGGUGCUCCUGAGGGAAGGAAACCUCCUUGAAGAGUCUCUGGAGGCUAAAGGAGUAGGAGAGAGGUGAAGGAAAGGGGCAGGGUGAGGGCACUGAAAGUGGAGUUGGAAUUCCUGUUCCAAAAGGAACUCAUAGCCCCGUGCUGGGAUCUGAUGACUCACAGAUGCGGGUUCCCCCCAGAAGUCUGGCUCUGAGCCCAAAGUCCCUCCCACCUCUAUCCGUCGGACUCUCUGCCUCAGCCUUUUGCCUGCCCCAUUUAAUUAGGGGAGCAUUUUCCUGUUAGCUAAGGUACUUCAUCAUCAUUACCAGUACCAUCCUCAUCAUCACCUGUAUUGUUAACCAGAUUUAGAAAUAUGACAUGCAAAAUACCUUGAGAGAUCAUGUACGUUAAUUCCCUGACUCUAGAUGGGGCUAUUUCAGGCAGCUGUUGAAAAAAUUCAUUCUUUUUCCCAGAAUCAUCUUAGAAUCAUCUUUCCAGAUCCACCCUCAGUCAUCCAUUCAAGCAUGGAAGAACCCAGAAAGUUCUUCCUGAUGUCUAAGCUAGCUUCCUCCUGCUGUAGUUUGAACCCAUCUUAUUUCUCCUCCUCUCGGGCCUCCCCAUCCCUCCCCACUUCCAGAGGGCCUGUCUGGAGAUGUGGAAUUCCAGUUGGGCUGGACUCAUCUCCAGACAUCUGUCUUGAGCCAGAGAUAAAUCGUGUGAGGAUAAAUUGCUUUGAAGAGUGGGAAUCCGAGAGCUAGCAUGAAACCCGGCUUCCUCCUCUCCGGGCCGAGCCAUUGACUUCAUGGGCGGCAAAGGACAGGGUCAAACACUGGAGAUGAACAGAGCAUGGGUCAGGCUGGGAUCUCCCUGUUUUGAAUUCUAUUCUGGGUGUCCCUGAUAUCAUUCGUAUUGAUUGUCAGGAAGGCCUGGGAUUAGAGGAUUACAGUCCACUGGGAAAAUUCUGUCCCCUAAUCCCAGGGCGGCCUUUAAUGCCACCCAGUCCCUUGUGGCUUCCUGCUUUCUAUUUUUUCUUGACUCCUGGUUGACCUCAUCCCCAUUCCCUCACACCAUUGGCUGUGCAGGGAUUUAGGGGGGCCUUUAACCUCUCAGAAUGAGGACUGGAGAAGGUCAACGUCUCCUGCAGGGAAGGAAAGACUAACUCCUGCCUCUGAGGACCGGGCCAUCUCAUGGGCAGCCAAGUCUGCUUCCCUUCCACCUUUUAGGGCUUUCUCCUGCCUUUUUUCCCAUUCUCCUGCUCUCCUGAUCUCCAACUCUCCGGCUCUCCGACCCACUUACCCUCCGGCUUUCAACUCCCACUGGCCUGCUCUCUCUCCUGCUCUCUCCAUGGUAAAAGAGCUUUAACCCAAGAAGAUGUCAGGUUGAGAGUGAGAAGAAAUCCCCUCCCCCCCACACUCUGAAGUCCCUAUUCUAGUCCUCGCAUCUGGCCACUGGCUGGCCCGCCACGCGGGGAAAUGGGAAACGUUAUGGGAGGGAAGACGGUGGAGGAACUGAGCAGCACCGAGUGCCAUCAGUGGUACAAAAAGUUCAUGAACGAGUGUCCGUCGGGCCAGCUCACCCUGCACGAAUUCAGACAUUUCUUUGGCCUGAAGAAUCUCAGCCCGACCGCCAACGAAUAUGUCGAACAAAUGUUUGAGACGUUUGACUUCAAUAAGGAUGGCCACAUUGACUUCAUGGAGUACGUGGCUGCCCUCAGCCUUGUCCUGAAAGGAAAGGUGGAACAGAAGCUGCGCUGGUACUUUAAGCUCUAUGAUGUGGAUGGCAAUGGCUGCAUUGACCGGGGGGAGCUGCUGACCAUCAUCCAGGCCAUCCGCGCCAUCAACCCCUGUAACGACUCCACCAUGACUGCGGAGGAGUUCACGGACAUGGUGUUCACCAAGAUCGAUAUCAACGGAGAUGGGGAGUUGUCCCUGGAGGAGUUCAUGGAGGGCGUCCAGAAGGACGAGAUGCUGCUGGACACGCUGACCCGCAGCCUGGACCUCACCCACAUCGUGAGGAUGAUCCAGGACGAGGAACAGGACAAAGAUGAGGUGGAUGAGGAGGCCGGUUGAACCGGGCUUGGAAGGUCUUCUGCUCGGGAGGAAUAUCCGGUCCACCACCUCCUCCGGGGACAGCAGCGGGAUGUGUUCGUCCGCCUCCAUCUCCACGCGGCAGGCCUUCUUCAGUUGGUGUGCUGGCUGUCUCCUGAACAGACAACUGGGAAGAAGAAACCUUUUGUUUAUACCCAAAGUCAGGCUGUCCUGAUCCGAGC